AUGUCGAAUCUUUCAGAUACAUCUCGCCUGAAGGCUACGGUAUUCGUAGGGGGGCUCGACCAGGCCGUAACACAGCAGACCCUGUUCCACGCCUUCCUGCCAUUCGGCGACAUCGUCGAAGUCAACCUGCCAAAACCGGAAUCCCAAAACUCGAAUGAACAACAUCGAGGCUUCGGCUACGUUGAAUUCGAGGCUGCGUCAGAUGCGACAGACGCCAUUGAUAACAUGGAUCGGAGCGAGCUCUAUGGAUCUGUCAUCAAGGUAGCACCCGCCAAGCCGCAGAAGAAUGCGAAUGAAGGGUUAGGGAGUAAGACGGCGAUUUGGGAGCAGGAGGGUUGGUUCGCCAAGCAUGCUGUGAGCGAGGAGGAUCAGCAGGCUUCUGCAGAGGCGCAGGAAUCAAAUGGACCUGCGGAUCCCAUGCAAGGUCUAGAAGGGCUAGACGAGGCUGGGCCAAAACCUGUAUGA